AUGAUAAAUUACAAAGUUUUACCAAGAAUGUACCAAUUUGAUAAAUAGAAUAGGUGCUUAGAUCCUCCAUAUAAUAGUAAAGAAAUUGAAUUCGUUUAUUAAAAAUAUUAAAAGAGUUUCUGCUAAGAUCAUUCAUUCGAUCAAAUAACUUUUAUUUGUCUAGCCCCUCAUUAAUGCUAAAGAAAACUAUGUCCUAUUUGUUUAGAGGAUCAUGGAUAUGAUAAAAAAUAUUAAUUGCAUAUAAACAAAUUUCCUGAUUUAAUCAAGCAAAAUCUCAACGAAUUAAACUUUGCGUAGGAUAAAAGUUAAGAAUAAAAAUAGAUAUAAAGUAGGUUCGAAUCUUUAAAAAUCAAGAUUGAAAAUAAUAUUAAAAAUUUUUGA